AUGGAAGCUGUGGAAGCACCAGAGCUCAGAAACCAGACAUACUUCACCUUGCAAGGUUUUUCCCACCUCGCCGCUCUUCAGGUCUUCCUCUUUGAGGGAAUUCUGAUAAUGUUCCUAAUCACGAUGACAGGGAACUUUCUCAUCAUCAUAGUUGCAACUGCUGACCCUGCUUUGCACACCCCGAUGUAUUAUUUUCUCAAAAACCUGGCUUUGAUUGAAAUUUGUUUUACGCUAAACAUUGUGCCCAAGAUGCUUGUGGAUUUGUUGUUGGAGAGAAAGGUAAUUUCCUUCUUUGCCUGUGCCCUACAACUUUCCUUUGUCAUAUUCCUCAUCACUUCUGAGUGUUUCCUCUUGGGUGCCAUGGCAUAUGACCGAUACGUGGCUAUAUGCCACCCGCUGCACUACGCCAUAAUGAUGAACAGGAGAGUGUGUCUUCGUAUGGUCAUAGCAUGCUGGAUUGCUGGUAUUCCACUUUCUGUGGGACUCACUGGUUGGCUAUUUAGCUACCCGUUUUGUGGCUCUAAGGAGAUUGAACAUUUCUUCUGCGAUAUCGCUCCAGUUCUGGAUCUGGUCUGUUCAGACACAUACUUAUUUGAGCUUCUUGCGUUCAUUGCUACUGUUAUAAUUGUUUUGAUCCCAUUUAUCUUGAUAGCAGCCUCUUACAUCCAGAUAAUCCAUGCCAUCCUUCAAAUGCCAUCUGCUGAAGGAAGACGCAAAGCUUUUUUCACCUGCAUUGCUCACCUGGUGGUGGUGACACUGUUCUACUGCACAACUGGCUUGAUACAUUUAAAGCCAAAGUCCAGCUUCUUGGCAAACAGCAGGAAACUGGUGGCUCUUUCUUACACCAUAGUAACGCCUAUGCUGAACCCAAUCAUCUACAGCUUACGGAACAAAGAGGUAAAGCAUGCUCUGAAGAAGACAUUUGGGAGAAGACAAUUCUUCAGCAAGACACCUUUGCCUGCACACUCUCCCUGA